AUGAAGCUCCGUGUACCGUUGUGGAUAACUCGCAGCUUCGAGGGGCUUCCACUCCUCGAGAAGAUCCUUGUGGGUGUUCGAUUAUACGCGCUGAUCUCGCUGUUCGCCUACUUGCUUGCGGCAUUAGUGGCUCCAUUAGGUCUGUCGGAAGCAUACAUCUAUCGCAUCAACUGCGACAAUGUCGACGUCGCCAAUGGACUCACUCAAACCCUCAGAAAUAACGUUGCCAAGUCCGGGGCUCGGGUGGGCAUCGGCUUGCCCGUGGGAGCGUCGCUCACCAUGUCCGAAAUCAAUCUCCUCAGUGAGUACGCCGAAAACCAAGUGGCGCUGGCGCCACAGUAUGUCACCAACCUGUUGUGGACCGAGUGUAUUGGUAACUACAACAUCCUGGUGUCUUGGGACCCUCAACUUCAUCAGCGUAUAUAUCGUCGCCAUGACGAUGUUGUCAAAUGCUCGAGGAGUAAUUCCCAGGCUUUUGAUUAUCGUCGAGCAUUAGAGCACAUUGGUUUGAAAGCGAUCUUGGCUUACGCCUACCCCACACCUUCUUUCAAGGACUCCACCUAUGUCGCUCAAGUCCGACUGCGAUCUAGUCGGUUCCACAUUGUGUCUAACGCGUUAAUCGCUGCAAUUAUUUUUCAGAUUCUUGCUUUUGUUGCCAUGGUUUUGGUGUACUACAAGAAGCCGAUGAAGUUCGGCCGCUUCCGUUCCCAAUGGGCAUUCCAUAUCAUUGGACUUCUCACCCUCGGCCUGUUCAUUGCGUCUACUAUCUCCAUUGCCAUUGCCACUGAGCUUGUGAUUGAGGUACGUAGUCUGCUCCGUAAAAGUCUUGGGGCAUUUGGGUUUCUGCUUCGUAUGGGAGGGGUGUGGUUUGCGGUAUUUUGGCUCGGAGAAGUUCAUGCUUUAUUCCUGGGAUUACUUUGGGCCAUGCCGCUUUGGUGCGCCAACCCAGAAGAUGAUGACGGGGAGGAUGAGUCAGAGUUGGUUUCGCUUGCCAGUGAUAGUCGGUCGCUGGCGUUGCCGUUGAUGCAACCCAAGCAGCCGAAGCAAGACUUCCGCAUUCUGGUGGUACCUCUGUUCAGACAUCGAACCUUUUCGGUAUAUGACUCCCAAGAGACUGAGCUUCGAGAACUUGGACAAUCGCUUUCACGUAAGACGUCAGUGCGUCGGUUCAAUCUGAAGCGACUGGCGACACAAGAAUUAACUGUUGCCUCCGAAUAUCCCCUGGUGCAGUCAGUUGAGUACGACGGCUAUCAAAGUCAUUCGUACCCCAAUGACCUCGAAAACAUCUCUGAGGUGCCUGAGCUGGAAGUCUAUGGCAGUCAACCUCGAGUUUUAUCGGUACCAAAGAUGACUACGCCUCCUAAAUUUGUAAUUACCACUCCUGACAAUCGCGAGUAA